CAAGUUUGGUCAAUCGGAAAAAUGCACUUCUCAACGAUCGCCAAGGCCGUCGAGGCCGAGCUACUGCCAAAGAUCAAAGGGUCGCGCUUCAUCGGAUUCAUCGCACCUGUGACAUCACGACAAGAUGCGCUGAAUGUCGUGUCACAGAGGCGAGCCAUGUACCCCCAAGCCAACCACCACUGCUUCGCAUACUCACUGGCAGUGGCCAACGAAAGCUAUUGCUCCGACGACGGCGAGCCGCACAGCACAGCGGGUCGACCCAUUCAACAAGUGCUUUCCCAGCAUCGAGUGCAGGAUGCAUGCCUCGUGGUGUCGAGAAUAUUUGGCGGUACCAAGCUCGGCACGGGCGGACUCGUGCGCGCCUACGCGGGCGCCGCGGAACUCGUCAUGGCCGAAGCCACCAUAGUGGAAACCCAAUUGUCCACGUCACGAACCGUGCAAGUGCCCAUUCGAUAUGCAGAAAUGGUCAAGAAGUCCAUCGUCAACUUCGACGGCAGAGUCACAAGCUUGGACUUUGGGGUGGACUCGGCAGCAUUAACCAUCCAGAUUCCCUUGGUGCACUCCACCGCGUUCCAUACUUACGUCAACGAACUCACAGGCGGCCGAGCGGCAUUCUCGUCCAGCUAACUCAUGUAAACAUACAGCGCUUGCAUUGUUGGACGAUUAACACUGCCCAAGCCCCUUCCUUCCAAAACGUCCACUCGUCAAGCGUAGAUCUAGUGUAAACCUUCAAUGCUAGAGUACAGCGAUGUAGAUGUAAAGUACUAUUCUC